AUGGAAGUGCGUAACAAAGGUGGACCUCUCAAAGAUGACCCCAGGAUUGAUCAGGUCUUCGAAACUAUCCUUUCAGAUCCAGAAUGUAACUACCCACAGCGCCUCGCAUACAAACUGAAAGAGGGCCUUGAACUCACGUUUGGCGGAGUCUGGCACUGUCAUGUAGGACCGAGUUUUGGAAGGUAAGAUGAACUUUCUGUGUUCCUUUAUUGCAAACGUAUCAUUGAGAGGGAGAACAGAAAAUGGCUCUAUACUUAUUUCUUUACCAAAUCUCCGAAGAGGUUGCGCUCCAAGCUGGAUAUUCAUCAUAAGCACUGGGUUGCUGUGGCUACUUAAAAACAGUUUCACUGAAAUAUCAGUCACUACUACAUAUUAACAUUCAGAGUUAACUGAGAAGCCUUUAUCAGCCUGCCGUAAAUUGCGAUCGUAAUAAAAUGUGCGAUGGGGUCUUCAAGGGAGUGCACAUAUAUUUCGCAUAAAAAGGAUAGUAAAAAUGAUAAUUUAAAUGUUCAACCUCAACAAAAGCAUGUUGUUUGCAUGGGCAGGUCAAACUUGUCAGCAAGGCAUUGGAAACUUCUAAGAUUAAUUUCUCUUCCUAUUGCCUCCAAAAAACGAUCAGUCCAAAAACAACCAUCCACACUAGAUCACACAUGUAAACGUGUAAGACAACAGAUUGCAAUUAUAACCGUUUACUCCUUUACAAUGUACUGGCCGGUGUCAUGUGAAUGUAUUUCAAACUCAAUUUUUCCACAGAGUGCAGACUAAAUUAUUUGAGGCUUAUUUUUCCUGUUUGUCGCUUGCAGCUCCUUCCCCUACGAUGUGAAGAACUAUUUGAGUGCUGUCUGGAAGGAUCUUCAGAUCGUCGCGUACAAAUACCCAUAG